AUGAGUUCUGUAAGUCAAAGCUUUUCUGAGAAUAACUCCAUCAUUCAUCCUGAAUACUUUUUCAUCAUUGGACUUUCAGGUAUACCGUACAGCACUUAUUACUAUAUUUUCUUAUUUUUCAUUUAUAUUAUUGCUGUAAUUGAGAACUCUGUAGUCCUUUUUAUUAUAGUUGUUGACCGGAACCUGCACAGUCCAAAGUACAUUGGUGUGUUUAACUUGGCCUUGGCUGACUUUGGUGAAACUAAUGCACUGAUUCCUAACAUUAUGAAGAUUUUUGUUUUUGACUCACAGUACAUCUCCUACAAUGCUUGUUUGGCAAACAUGUUUUUUGUUCACUUCUUUAGUACUAUGCAGAGCUUCACUCUUGUUGUUCUGGCAUAUGAUCGCUUCAUUGCAAUUUGUUUGCCAUUAAGAUAUCAUGCCAUAGUGAAUAAUACUGUCAUGUGUGUAGUGUUUGUAGGAUUAUGGUCAUUUAAUGGUGGUGUGAUUGCCUUUGUGGUGUCUUCGAUCACACGACUUUCAUUCUGUAAAUCCAAUGCUGUACCUAGUUAUUAUUGUGAUUGGACCCCAGUGUAUAUGUUGGCAUGUAAUGAUAAUAGCAUUAAUUAUUUCAUGGGAAGACUCUCUCUACAGAUGUCUGCUAGAGAGGCACCGUUUGCUAAAGCUGAUGAAGCAGCAAUGCCCCUGGUCGAGUGGGCUCUCACUCCCAGCGGGCACGAUAAGCCUCUAGCCUGA